AUGAACUUCAUUCGCGCCGACACGCCCAGUCAAUUACGCCAGCGCUUCAUCCAGAUCCAAGUUACCGAUCGGCGCUUUAAAGAACCUUCGUGGAUGCACCCGAAUAUCGGCGGCGAGGCGCAGUUCGUGCAGGGCCACAAGGACGAGAUCGACGCUAUGCGCGAGGAACUGGAAGUCAAUGCAACGAAAGACAAACUGGGGGAAUGGACAUCCACGUCCAUCAGUGGCAAUGCAAUCCUCUCCAGUGUGUUAUUCUCAGCAGGCCAAACGAUCGCAAAGGCCGGCAAGUUGGCACCAGUGACGCAACUAUUCGUAAUUACAGUCGUCUACUGUCUACGUUGGGUAUUCGAGGAGGUUAUGAGCGCUGUACCGUUGAACGGAGGGUUCUAUACAGCGAUGCUCAACUCCGCCCCUAAGAAGGUCGCUGCGAUUUGUGCAGUGUUCAGUAUGCUCUCGUACUUGUCCACAGCUGUGGUGAAUGGAGUGUCCGCGAUGAAUUACGUCAACGAGUCGCUCGUGGAGAUCCCCGUAAUGGGCUGCACUAUCCUCUUACUCGUCGUGUUCGCACUACUGUGUCUUAUGGGCAUCGCCGAGAGUGCGUUUGUGGCACUUAUUUUGUUUGUUUUCCACACAUUUACACUCACUCUACUGGGAAUUUUCAGUUUGGUCUAUGUGGCACAACAUCCUUCCAUUUUUGUGGACAACAUGGGUACAUCUCUCCCUCACGUGACGAUGUUUGGUGGAGCUGCAGAGGCCAGUAAUAUCGUCUCCGCUUUGUUUCUCGGCUACGGUACAGCGAUGCUUGGCGUCACAGGCUUCGAGAGCUCGUCGCAGUACGUGGAAGAACAAGCCGCGGGUAUGUUCCCCAAAACAUUGCGCAAUAUGUGGGCUCUUUCCAGUACAUUCAACGUGGUAUACUCGCUACUAGCUUUGGCAGUCGUGCCACUCGACACGAUUAUCUCGAACCAGUCGACAUUACUGUCGCUAAUGGGUCGACUCAGUGGCGGUCGUUGGCUGGAAAUUCUCGUGGCAAUUGACGCAUUUGGUGUGCUUGCAGGUGCUGUUUUGACAGCAUAUGUAGGAAUCAACGGAUUAUUCCAGCGUCUGGCAAUUGACCGUGUGCUCCCCAGCUUCUUACUGAAAGUUAACUCCUGUCGUGGCACAAACCACUACAUUAUCCUGGUCUUCUGCAUUGUGUGCUCCAGUCUCGUGUUCAUUUUGAACGCCGAAGUGACGGUACUCUCGGGUGUCUUUGCACUUGCAUUCCUCUCUGUACUGCUAUCGUUCACCAUCGCGUGUGUCCUACUGAAAAUCUGUCGAGAGGAGAUCCCACGCAAGACAACGACGUCAUGGACCAACACGUGCUUCUGCCUGGUAAUGAUCUCGCUGGGUAUUCUGUCGAACGCCUUCUCGGAUGUCAAGGCGCUGUCGUACUUCUUUAUCUACUUUUUGGCCUUCUUCGUGGUGGUUUUCUUGAUGUUGACUCGCGUCAGUCUACUCAAAGGACUUCUCUAUAUUUCACGCAAGCUGUUGCUCCAUUUCGGUAGCAAACAAGGAGAUUCCACACCUUUACAACAACUUUCGGCGGGUGGCCAGACGUUUGUGGGCAGUGUGAAAGUUGCCAAGACCAUCGAGACGGUCAAGAACACGCCUGUGGUGUUCUUCUGUAAGGCUGCUAACUUGCCAAAGAUCAACGAGGCUGUGCGGUACGUGAUACAGAAUGAGCACACGUAUUGCCUCCGACUAGUCCACGUGUGCGAGCCUGACGCACCUGUUCCACGGGAAUUCGAAGAUGUCGUCAACUUGUUCGACCACAUUUAUCCGUCCAUGAAGAUCGAUUUUGUCGCUGUGACUGGAGCGUUCGACCCGGCGAUGGUGCAGUGGCUGUCCAAGUCCAUGGAUGUCCCGACCAACUUGAUGUUCAUGCGUCAACCGGCGAAUGAGAACAUCCAUCGCGUGUCGGCGCUAGGCGUGCGCGUAAUCACGGAUUAA